GUGCUUGUGCGGCAAAAGACCAUGAAGAUUGCAGUGAUUACCCAAUGCAUGCCUGCGGUAAUGAUUGGCUGGUUAAGAACUGCAAGAGGAAGUGUGGGCUCUGCAAAGGUCUGAACGCGCGUUGUGUGGAGACUGAAGGGGGAACAAGUAAAGGCGCUUGCUGUGUUUUCCCUUUCGUUUAACGUGGAACCCAGUAUUUUGGCUGCACAGACGAUGAAAAUAAGAAGCCCUGGUGUGCUACCACCUCUAAUUACGAUAUUGAUGGAAUGUGGGGACAUUGUCUUGGAGAAGGUCGAGAAACAGUACAAUCACCGAAGACAACUAAAUUCGCAUCUGCUGAAAGAUUUAUGGCCACCAAUGGAACCCAUGCUGCUUCGAAGGUCACCGAAGGCCAUGUGACAAGCCACGCGACACAGGCCUACUCCCCAGGAACAAGUGCGGCCACAGAGACUCCUAGUUCCGAUGAACCUCAGGAAUCCUCAUCAGUUGGAACCACUCCUAUGCCGGCAACGUUUGCUGCUUCCGUUACAGGAGUGUACUCGGAUUGGUCCCAUUGGUACCCGUGUUCGGCUACUUGUGGAGGAGGUACACAGGAGAGGACACGAAAAUGCACCUUCCCCAAGGACACCCAGGGUGGAGUGGACUGUUCCUCACUGGGUCCCUCGCUGGAAACAAGAGAAUGCAAUGUUCUGUUGUGUCCAGAGGAUGGUGGAUACUCGAUAUGGAGUGACUGGUCCGACUGUGACGUCACAUGUGGUGGAGGUCUGACGCAAAGAUACAGAACCUGUAACAGUCCCGCCCCGACCAACGGUGGCCGUGACUGUGCUGCAGUAGGUCUGGGACCUGCUAUGGAGUCUAAAGUCUGCAAUCUCAUUUCCUGUCCACAUGAUGGCGGCUACACUGAUUGGACCGGCUGGUCACAGUGCGAUAAGACCUGUGGGGAGGGUACGAGGUACCGAACACGAACCUGCACCAAUCCCCCUGCUGCUCACGGAGGACACGACUGCUCGUGGUUUGGGAGCGAUAGAGAAGUUUCUUCAUGUAAUGACGGUCCGUGCGAAGUUGAUGGAGGUUACUCAGCAUUUUCUGAGUGGACAGCUUGCAGUCGAACCUGUGGGCCUGGUGUGACAUCCAGGCAUAGAACUUGCUCUAAUCCCAGACCUUCCGCGGGCGGAAAGGAUUGCACAAACCUGGGACCAGCAUUUGAGCAGCGUUCUUGUUUAUUGGCUGAAUGUCCAGCAACCGGAAAUUGGACCAACUGGAGUAACUGGAACGACUGUACACGAACGUGUGGGUCUGGUAUCCAGUUCAGAAAGCGAGUCUGUGUUCACCCUAAAGGAGAACUGUUCUGUAUGGGAGAAAAAGUACAGUCGAGGCUUUGCAACAGUCGACACUGCCCAGUAAAUGGUAACUAUACUGACUGGUCAGAAUGGACGUCAUGCUCAACUACAUGUGGUGUCGGCGUUAAGGCCCGUAACAGAACAUGCACCAACCCGAUGCCUCAGUUCGGCGGGAAGUCAUGUGAAGAGCAGGGCCUGGGUCUGCCCAACGAAGCCAAACAUUGCUACAUGCGGCAAUGUGGAGUUAAUGGCAAUUAUUCCGAGUGGGGUGAAUGGUCGACCUGUUCACAUUCCUGUGGGCCUGGAUUCAUGGUUCGUAGUCGAAUGUGCACCAAUCCUCCUCCGUCAAGUGGUGGAUUCGACUGCUCGAGACUGGGGCGACCUGUGCAGAGUACACAGUGUUACCUUGUGGAUUGUCCAGUUGACGGUAACUACACGCAGUGGUCUAACUGGACCGCUUGUUCCGCGACCUGUGGUGAGGGAACCACAACUAGGACUCGUUCCUGCACCAACCCGUCUCCACUCCACGGUGGUAGAGACUGCACUGAUAUAGGACCCAAUAUUGAGAUCCAACCUUGCAAGCAACAGGACUGUUUGGUAAACGGCGCUUACAGUGAUUGGUCCAGCUGGAGCAUAUGUAGUAAGACUUGUGGGCGUGGGUUUAAAAAGAGAAUCAGGGCGUGUAACAAUCCUGUGCCCUCCAAUGGCGGUAAAGAUUGCUAUGAGCAAGGUCUGGGACCCAGUGAAGAACGCAGUCACUGUUUUGAACGAUCAUGUCCGCUGGACGGAAGUUACAAUGAUUGGUCAGCAUGGACCACGUGUUCUAUGUCUUGUGGUGGUGGUGUGAAAUACAGGCAUAGAAAUUGCACAAACCCAACUCCCAUGCACGGAGGGAGAGACUGCUCUCUGAUUGGACCAGCCAUGGAGAGUGACAGCUGUCACACUGAGCCUUGCCCAGUCAAUGGCAUGUAUGGUACAUGGAGCUUGUGGAGUGAAUGCGAUCGUACCUGUGGGGGUGGUAGUCGGGUCAGGUCUCGCUCAUGUACCAACCCCCCUCCACAGUUUGGAGGCUCAGACUGCACCCCCCUUGGACCCGAGAAGGAGAGUGAGCUGUGCAACUUGAAUGCAUGUCCUGUUAAUGGUAAUUACAGUGAAUGGACUCUAUGGGCGCCGUGUUCAGUGACUUGUGGUCAAGGCAUAAUGACCAGGAAGAGGUUCUGUACCAAUCCUCGUCCUACAGUGGGCGGAAAAGACUGCACAUGGCUGGGUCCAGAUCACGAGAAAACAAGCUGUCAGCUGGUGGACUGCCGAGCCAACUGCACGUGCGGGACAUGGACUGAAUGGGGUGAUUGUUCAUUCACGUGUGGAGGCGGCGUGCAACACCGCCAGAGGGACUGCUCACCACCCAAAUACCAGAAGGAUAUGUCAUGCGAGAAUGACAAGAAGGAAAGCCGGCUGUGUCGGUCAGAACCAUGUCCAAUUGAUGGAAAAUACAGUGAUUGGUCUCCAUGGUCGCCGUGUUCAGUCACGUGUGGAAUCGGAAAGAAGAACAGAACUCGCUUGUGCAUGUCACCCAAGCCACAGUUUGGCGGGAAGUCCUGCACUGAGCAGGCACUGGGACCGGGUAUGGAGAUAACUCAAUGUUAUCUGACGCCAUGUCCAGUGAAUGGUGGUUACACUGAAUGGAAUGGCUGGUCGCCAUGUUCAGUCACGUGUGGCCGUGGCAUCAAAAAGAGGCAGCGAUUCUGCACCAAUCCUGAGCCAGCCUACGGUGGUGUUGCGUGUGGACACUUGGGAUCUGGGGAGGAGAUCGUCCAGUGCUACGAUGUGAACUGUCCUGUGGAUGGUAAGUACAGCCCUUGGUCUCAGUGGUCCGCCUGUUCCAAGACCUGCGGUUACGGGAUUCAAACAAGAAAACGAACCUGUACAGAUCCGGAACCGCAACAUGGUGGACGGGACUGCACGGAUCUUGGAGAUCCGGAACAUAUCCGACCUUGUCAAGUUAUACAGUGUCCUAUUCACGGAAAUUACUCAGUUUGGUCCAACUGGGGCUCUUGCUCAGCCACAUGUGGGCCUGGGGUCAAAAAACGCACGCGCACAUGCAUUAACCCAGAACCAGAAUAUGGCGGGCUCACAUGUAAAGAGAGGGGCCUUGGACCUAAUACCGAAGCCGCAAAAUGCAAUCUUGGAGAUUGUCCAGUGAACGGUGUUUGGGGUCCGUGGUCGUUGUGGUCAGCGUGCACAACUAGUUGCGGUCCGGGGACUAGGGAGAGGAAGCGGUCUUGUAACAGUCCAGCUCCGAAAAAUAACGGCGAGCCUUGUCGCGGCGCGGAAAAACAAGUUGGAGACUGUAGCUACCGACCGUGCGCAGUUGAUGGUAAUUACACCGAGUGGACAGAUUGGACUGUGUGCGACAAGACUUGUGGGACGGGCAUCAUGACGCGAUGGCGCGCAUGCUCAAACCCAGCCCCUAAGUUUGGCGGCAGGGAUUGCACCAUGUUUGGUCCUGAUACUGAACGGAAAUCAUGUCAAGUGAAGGAUUAUUGUCCUGUCGACGGAAACUGGGGCGAGUGGUCAUCUUGGACCGCGUGUACUAAAUCGUGUGGCGUGGGUGUGAGAAUGCGCGUGAGGUCAUGUGAUAGUCCAGUACCAUCCAAAGACGGCAGAGAUUGGAUCGGACCGAACACGCAGACAAUUGACUGUAAAACAGGAGAAUGCUGUGAUGUACCCAUGAGGCCAUUGGGUUGCUUCGUGGAUAACAAAUCUACUGUCAGACCCCUUCCCGAGCUUGUUUUCACUGACAAUGAUCCUCAGAGCACCUUGUACAGCGGUAUUAACGUGCAGUCUGACGAUUGGGAGGCGUAUAUGCCAGAGCUGAUCUGUAGGUGCGCCAAAGCGGCCGUAUCGAAGAACUACACUCACUUUGGUAUCCAAGGUUACGGUGAAUGCUGGUCAGGACCUAACGUUGCGAAAACGUAUUCUCGGGACGGGGUGGAGAACAGAUUCACUCAAAGACCCGAACCUAAGCCGUGGGUUGGCUGUGUUGGAGACAACUUUGAGCAAUGCCGCGGUGGAAACGCGCAGUGCGUUGGCCAGGAGAAGAGUAACUUUGUGUACGCGUUUUUGAAUGCUCAACCCAUGGAUGGAAAUUAUGGUCCUUGGUCCCCUUGGACGCUAUGCUCCAAAUCAUGUGCUGGCGGGGUAAGAUCACGUAUAAGGAACUGCACCAAUCCGGUCCCUGCGUAUGGUGGCAAGGACUGUUCCGCUAUUGGAGAGCCUCAGGAAAGCGAGCCUUGCAAUACCAAAAUGAUUUGUCCAGUUGAUGGCGCCUGGAGCGCGUGGAGCAACUGGACCACGUGUUCAAAGUCCUGCGGCAAAGGUUUGCAAGAGAGGAGCCGACUCUGUGACAGUCCCGCCCCGGCCAACGGCGGCCAACUGUGCCUGGGACCAGCAAAACAGAAGUUGUCUUGUAACCAAGGAGAAUGCCCAGUAAACGGCAGCUGGUCAGCGUGGAGCGCAUGGCAAGCAUGCUCAGCUACAUGCGGGGAUGGACUUCAGUUAAGGACUCGUGUCUGUAAGAAUCCUGAACCAAGCAAUGGUGGUUACUCUUGUGAAGGCGAUGAGGUGGAAGUGAAGCCGUGUACAGUGAGGAGAUGUCCCAUCAAUGGAAAUUACUCUGAAUGGUCAGACUGGUCCGAGUGCAGCAGAUCUUGUAGUGGCGGCAUCAAAACAAGGAAACGAGAAUGCAUCAACCCCAAUCCCCGCUACGGCGGCAGAGACUGCAAAGAGAUUGGGUCGGAAAUCGAGAAAGUUCAUUGUAAUCCUAAUUCCUGUCCAGUACACGGAAACUGGGGCUCAUGGAACAUGUGGAGUUUCUGCUCUGUCAAGUGUGGACCAGGAAAGCGCGAGCGCAUGCGCAAGUGUGACAACCCGCCGCCCAAGUUUGGAGGAGAAAACUGUCCAGGCUCAGACAGACAGACUAUGCCUUGCAGUCUAUCAGACUGCCCAGUAGACGGUAAAUGGGGUCUGUGGUCUCCUUGGACUGCGUGUUCAGCUACGUGUGGAGCUGCUAAGCGCUCGAGGACACGCGGGUGUGAUCACCCUCCUCCUGCGCACGCUGGGAAAACAUGCGAGGGGCCAGAGAGGCAGGAAGAAUACUGCAAGCUUCAGCCAUGCAUGGUCAACGGCGGGUACACGAACUGGGGCAAGUGGACCGAGUGUGAUGUCACUUGUGGUGGUGGUCAUAGAGAACGGUCACGUGCCUGCACCAACCCUGUACCUGAGUUUGGCGGGCUCAACUGCACUCAUUUGGGAGACACAGUCCAGUCAGAUGUGUGUAACACACGGCCUUGUGCUCAACCCGGAGGUUGGUCCGGCUGGUCAGUUUGGUCUUCCUGUAGUCGAUCCUGUGGAAGCGGAAGUACGACCAGAAGACGAACUUGCACUGCACCCCCACCCUCCUAUGGUGGGCCUGACUGUGUAGGGGAUAGUGUGGAGAGGAAAGCUUGCAAGCUACAGGACUGCUGUGAGAUUCCGUAUAAGGCUUUGGGUUGUUAUCGCGAAAAUCACAACUUGUACCGACCCCUCCCUGAGCAGCUGUUUAGUGACCCACAGGAGAAGAUCGACUUCAAAGACUGGCCGAACUAUCUGUCUGACGCCAUCUGCAGAUGCGCCCGCGAGAUUCAGAGAAAAGGUUACAGGACGUUUGGUUUGCAGAAUUAUGGAGAAUGUUUGUCCGGUGAACGCGCAGGUGACACGUAUUUCCAAGAAGGAGAACAACUGUUGUUCAUGGCGCCAACACAGCCCAAACCACUGCUUGGAUGUGUGGACAAUGAAUUGAAACUGUGUACUGGAAAUAAUUUGGAAUGUGCUGGACAAGAGAAUUCUAACUAUGUGUUUUCUUUGGAUGAUGUCAAAGCUGUCCAAGGUAAUUACACAGAGUGGAGCGAAUGGAGCGACUGUUCCGCGAACUGUGGGACUGGGGAGAGGUUCCGAACAAGGAACUGUACCAAUCCUCCUCCGGCCUUUGGAGGAAUGGACUGUUCGUUCAUUGGAAUGGACAGGGACGCGGAGGGUUGCGAGAAGAGAGCAUGCGCAAUUGAUGGUAACUGGGGCGCAUGGGGGAACUGGAGCACUUGUUCAGCCACGUGUGGUCACGGCACAGUGCACAGGACGCGCACGUGCGACAAUCCCUCCCCUUCUAAUGGCGGGAAACCUUGCGCCGGAGAGGGCCAUGAGACAGCGGAGUGCCGCAUGACGCCAUGUCCAUUGAAUGGUCGUUGGUCCGCAUGGAGCUCAUGGAGUCCUUGCUCUGUAUCAUGUGGCAACGGUCGGCAAGAGCGCAUGCGUAAGUGUAAUGAUCCCGUACCCGAGUAUGGUGGAAAAUUCUGUCAGGGACCCGCUAGAGAAUUCCACAAUUGUGAAGAAGAUGACUGCCCAGGUUUCUGGAGUGAAUGGUCCGCGUGGAGCGCUUGUUCAAAGAGUUGUGGUGCCGGUGGAAGGCGUGACAAAACACGCACGUGUCAAGGAGGAGCCACGUGCGUGGGCUCCGCACGUGAAAUUGAAGCCUGUAAGGUUCAGGAUUGUCCAGUUUGCCACAAGGCCAUAGACCUCGCUUUCGUCCUUGAUGCCUCUGGGACAGUAGAUGACUCUCAAUGGAAGCUAACAAAAGACUUCGUCAAAGGUGUCAGCAGUGGUUUCCGCCUUGCCCCCAACAAGACACAAGUUUCCAUUCUAGCCUAUUCCACGUUACCCCAUCUCGAAUUGAGAUUCGAAGACAAAAACAUUUACGACAGCAUGGACGACUUCCUUCAAUCGAUGUCUCAACCACGUGGUGACACGCGCACAGACCGCGCCCUGAAACUAACGCGUGAUCGAUUGAUUACCUCUGAAACUGGAGCGCGUGACUUUACGCCUAAAGCGAUUGUUAUUGUUACUGACGGCGGAGACGCGCCUGACACCACGGCAAAGCGCGCCGAGCAACGCGCCCGUGAACUCAAGGAUAUGGAUGGCGCCACGAUUGUUGCUCUGGGGGUUGGGGACAAAGUGGAUCAAUAUGAACUGAGACAGCUGGCUUCUGAUCCUGAUCAUGCAUUCUUGGUCGCGUCAUAUGAUGACAUUAUUGGUUAUGUGAAAUCAGCGGCUGACGCAGUCUGUACAGCCAAACCACCUCCUCCUCCACCUCGCUGGGGCACGUGGACUGAAUGGAGUCCUUGUAUGAAGACUUGUGGCACUGGCGUCAGUUUGAGAUCACGGAAAUGUCUGACCGGAGCAAACUGUAGAGGAACUGGUACCGAGACACGAAAAUGCAAGGUUCAGGAUUGUCCUUCUUGCCAGUUAGCUACAGACCUCGCUUUUGUUCUCCCUGUUUCCUCAAAAAUAAACGACACGGAAUGGCGAGAGGUGCAGAACUUUGCCAAGGGCGUGGCAAAUGCGUUCAACAUUUCUUACCCCGGUACCCACGUGGGCGUCUUGUCCUACUCUUCCCAGGCCACCAUGGAGAUGAAAUUCAACCGCUACUAUUACCAGUCUGACGUGCUGAACGCUAUUGAUAACAUUUACCCUGAAGCAAAAAGCGACCAGGGAUCGCGAUUGGAUGACGCUCUGGAAAUAGCCAAUUACGAGCUGUUUACUCCUGCGGGAGGGUCGCGUGAUCAGGUCACGAGGGCGCUGGUGGUGGUGCUAUCUGACAAAUUAGAUAACGCAAAGAUUGCUGGGAUUGUACACCGUUUAAAGUUCGGAGGUGUGACUCCAGUAGCUAUUGGAGUUGGGUCUGGUGUCCAGCGUGACGAGUUGUUGAAGAUCGCAGACGCGAACCACACAUUUUCUGUAGAUUCGUACAACGAUCUUAUCACAAUAGCUGAAAAGGUUGUCAAAAGCGCGUGUAAAGUUCCAGAAUUCCUUCUUGAUCAAAUUGUCACCGAAAAGCCACACACUGGUCACGCACUUCAUCGGGUGCCAGUCUUCCACGUCGGAUCUUAUCCAGCAACCUAUCAAGGAGUGACCGUAAUGCCAGCAACACCAGGUCAGCAGCAGACCAUGAACAACUUUGUUCCGAUGCAAGGUCAACAGAAAAGCCAGGGCUAUGCUCCAACUCAAGCAUCUUCCAUGAACACGCCAUCAGGACAACAACAAGUUACCUCUGCUCCUGUGUCAACUCAACAAUCUGCUGAACAGGUCUCCUCUGCUCCACAAGUGGCAUUUGCGGGUGUAACAUCUGCUCCGCUAUCGCCUAGUCAGGCUUUAAGCGGCGUUCAGUCACCAGCGUCGGUCCAUCAACCUGUUGAACAGGUUGAUCUCGCUCCCCAAGCGAUGUUCUCAAAUGUCACAGCGAUCCAGCAACCUGUUGAACAGGUUACUUCUGACUCACAAGCUACAAGUGCAGGUGUGACAUCAGCUCCGUUACAGGCUGCUCAGGGAACAGUUGGAGCUCAACAGCUUUAUUUAAAUGCCACCUCCGCUCAACAACCAGUUGAACAGAUUACUUCUGCAGCCCAGGGUGCAAGUACAGGCGUGACAUCAGCACCGCUUCCAACAAAUCCCGUUUCAAACGUUACUGAGCCGGUUUUCACGAACGUAACGUCACCCCAACAACCUGCUGGACAGGUUUCUGCAGCAGCGCCAUCCCCUCAAACUGUUUACGCAAACGCCACGCCUACACAACAACCAGCGACGAUGAGUCAAACUAUACCUCCUCAGCAACCUGUCAAUCCAGUAUCAGGAGUGCAACAACCGGUUUAUUCUAAUGCUACAGCAACGCCUCAGCAGCCUCAAGAGGGGUACGGUAACAUAAGUGCACCUGAAGUCGGCCCUCAACAACCGCAGGGUCUCCCCCAGUGGUUGUAUUCUAAUGUCACGGCAUCACAGCCAGUGUAUCCACAACAGCCUGAGCCUGUGUCUUCAAACGUCACAGUUCCUCAACAGAAUGUCACUGCUGUCCUUCCACCAACAAACGUAUCUUUGACACCGACCUCAGCUCCUCAGGUGCCGAGUGCCCCGGCCAGUUCUCCUGUUCAAGUUGGGGCAGAAGCUGGAGUGAACGCCACAAUUCCUCAGGCUCCACCACAACCUUCAGCGGCUCCAGUGGCUCCAGCGGCUCCAGCGGCUCCAGCGGCCCCAGCGGCUCCAGCGGCUCCAGCGGCUCCAGUGGCUCCAGCAGCUCCAGCAGCUCCAGCAGCUCCAGCGUCUCCAGUGGUUCCAGCAGCCCCAGCUCCUGUGGCACAAGGCACGACUGCACCUGCUCAGAAUGUAACUGCUGGCCAAGCAGGGGCUGCUGUAGCUUCUCCUACUGCUGCGCCUGCUGUGCCACUAGUAACUGCCGGAUCUCCACCUGCGCCUGCACAGCCAAGUGCGCCCUUGCAGUCGGCUGAGAGCGUUGCCCAAAGUGUGACCCCAGAGAGCCCUGCAAGCACUCAGCCGUUUGUUUGUCCACAUGCUAUGGAUAUCGUAUUUGCUUUGGACUCGUCUACGGAUGUUACUCCAAUCCAAUGGACUCAACAGAAAGACUUCAUGAAGAAAGUUGCGGAUGGUUUUAAUGUACAGGAGAGCGGAACCCAUGCAGCUGUGGUUGCUUAUUCCACUAUACCUUCAAUUAACUUGAAACUUGGAGAGCGGAAUGUGAAAGAAGAGGUCGAUAAGGCUUUUGAUGACUUGCCACGUGAUCUGGGUAACAGAAAUCUGGUUAUUUUGUUGGAAAUGGCUAAAUUCGAAGUGUUCACAAAGUCUAGCGGUGUGAGGACCCAUCUCCCGAAGGCCCUUGUGGUGACGGUCCUCGGACCCCAAAACGAUCAUAACACUAACGCCGCCAAGAGUCUAGAGUCCUUCGCUAAGCAGUUGGAAAUCAGUGGUGUUAAGGUAAUCGCUGUAGGUAGCCCAAGUAUCGCUGAGUCAGAGCUUUCUACCAUGACAACGGAGCCUAAGUAUGCUGUACGGGUUAACGAUCUUCAGUCUCCAGCUGAAGCCGAGAAAGUGACCAAGAUUAUUUGUAAUGUGGCAGCAGGGUUCCCAUCGACGGGUGAGAAUCGACCGCAAGCUCCGUUUCCUUCCCCGGUCCCUGCCGCGCAGCAGAACGUUGUGUCUCCUGCCCAGGUUCCCUCCCAGCCCGUAGCAUCUGCAUCACACAUGAAUAACUUGUAUAAGAGAACACCUUACCCAUUCAAUUGUCAGCCGGUGUUGUAUUACGACUUCGACAAGUUUUGCGCGGGGGAAGUUUAUGACGAGUCGGGCUCUGGCAACAACGGAAUGUCCCGUGGGAGUGUGGUGGUCGAGGCGGGAUACAACCAAGACAACGGUGUAGACUUGUCAGACGGGUUCAUUCAGUUGGACGGAAUGAAUUUCAAGGGUAAGCCAACUCUUGGUGUCACCAUAUCAGCAUGGGUCAAGGUAAAGAACGUGACUGCCCCGAAUAUAAACGAGAUUUUCGUAACGGAAGCACCUGGAAUAACAGAUCCCUCGAAACAGGGACAGUACCACUUCGAGAUCUUGAACAAAGGUAAAGUUCGCUUCUUCCAACGUAACAUGGACAAGACAGUGUACGGGAGAACCACAAUCGAGGGAAUCCCAGAAAACAAAUGGGUCCACUUGGCGGGUAUUUACAACCCUAACAGUAAACAGGCCACGAUUUACAUCAAUGGACGAGCUGUUCAGAAUUAUGAACAGACGGAUACACAAGAGACUGAGGGUUUGAACACCGAUUGGAGUAAGGCCGCGUAUAUUGGGACCUUUUACGAUGAUGAAGGGCCUCGACGUCAAUUUAAGGGUACCCUGGAUGAGUUCUAUAUCUUCCCCUGUGCUCUCCCGGACGAUCAAAUUGUGACCCUCAAGGAUACUCACAGAAUACCCAAGUUUGUUGGUCCGUACCCAGGCGUAAAGCGCGAGGUCUGGCGCGGAGUAAAAGGCACUACAAUAACGGACUUGGCCACGCAGAAAGACUAUCCAAACAACCCGUCUGAGACCUCCAUCAUUGAGGACUUCGAUGCGCCUAAGAACGAGGGUGACGAUUACGGAUCCCGAAUUAGAGGCUAUUUUGUGGCGCCCUAUACAGGAACCUAUUCGUUUUCUUUGUCUGGUAAUGAUGAAGCUGAGCUGUUCUUUAGUGGGUCGUCGAGAGAGAAAGACAAGGAUUUGUUUGCCGUGGUUAGAGGAACUGGGCACAACAAGUUUUCAGAUCAUCCUUUUCAGCAGUCUGGCUACAUUCCACUGGAGGCUGGCAAGUAUUACUGGAUUGAGGCCCUGCAUAAGGAAGGAAUAAAUAGGGACUCCCUGUCUGUUGGCUUCACUUUGGAAUGCCCCAAUGCACCAUCGGUACUUUCUGAGAAACCAAUUCUAAGACCAAGUCUGCAAUAUCAGAUUCCUCGGAGCUGUACCGAAGUCAAAAAAAUGUGGCCCGGGUUCAAAGAUGACGAAUACGUCAUUCAGAUGACUCCUUCAUGCAAUCCCAUUCGUUUGUACUGCCAUGGCCUUGACUCAGCCUCCCCCCGUGAGUACAUUACUCUUCCCGCUGGUCCAGAUCGGAACUUCGCUAGUUUUUACAGGGGUAGGCUGCUCAACUAUGAAUCUUGCUCUGGCUCUGUCAACCCUGAACCCAAACUGACCGCAAACUACUGGGGAACAACGAGGUUUAACAAAAUUCGUGUCGAUCCCUCGACGGGUCUCGUUCACAGAGAUGACUUCCAGUUUGCCAAGACCGAGGGCAACCCGGUUCGAUUUGCCCGCGCGGGAGACUGCUUCUCAGCCGCCUCCAAAUGCCGUAAGGGUAAAUUCCAAGUGGAUCUGUCUGGUACGGGAUUACGCAUGCGUAAGGACGUGGACUGGGAGGCCUGGGGCACACCCAAAGUACCACAGCGGUUGCUGAGUGUUCAUAAGGCGGAGGACGGCACGAUGGCGUAUGGUGAAUGUGGAGGGUCAUGUGGAGGGUGUCAACCAGUCAAAGAAAGGAUGUUCUUGGAACCGGCGGCCUGUACCGACCCCUCUACUACAGAUGCCGUUGCUCGUCAAUCAAUCCCCACACCUGGUGCCAAAAAAGACGAAAAAGGACAGAAGAAAUCUGUUGUAAGUUCACCACAAAAGGUGCAUGUUAGGUCCGAGGCCCCCUACCCGCACGAGAGGGAGUUUUUCCGUUCGGGGCCUGGGCUUGAGGAGACAGAACUGGAAGUGUUAGGUCAUGUAACAAAGAAGAAGAAGCGAAGCGAGUCAGUGAAGAAAAAGAGAAAGCGACAUCUAAGUGAAUGAAGGGACAACGGAGCAUAGACGUUUUAGGAUUCAAAGAAAAAAAAGAAGAAUUGGCAAAAGGAUACGGCAACAUUUGUUGUAUUUGUUAUACCAUGUACAAAAACUGAACGGUGGAUUGAGCGCCUCGUUUUGAACUUAAAUGAAACUCUUCCGAUCUGAAAAUGAUGAGCAGGCCGUGAUGGCAGGAUAAUAGCUCUUUGUAACGGGUUUUUUAAUGAUCUAUGAUUCACCGAGAUUUUUUUCGUUUUAAAGUGGCUGCAGUAAGAAUACGGCGGCAAAAGGGAGUUUCGUUGUUUAAUCCUCAGCGAGCAUGCUCGAGGGCAAAGGUGUUGACCUUGCUCCUGGUUUCGAUGUUUCUUUCUAGGAUAUAAUCCUGCAGUCCUCGGUUCUUGUUGUGUAGUUGAAGUUGAUUCUAUUGUGUUUCUAUACCUAAUGUAAAAGGGCCUGAAACGGCUCCGGUCUACAGUAUAAAAGGUCUCACGAUGAUCAUUUACGGUUCAAGGGCCUUAGAUUACUUCUGCAGGAUAAAAAGGGACGACGUGGGCCUUUUCUCCCGAGGCCUUUAAGAAAAGGGACUUUUCUUUCAUGGCUCCAUAGUUAAUGUUUACGAUGGGAUCGGAAUGUUUUCGUUUAUGUCUUUCUUUAGUAAAAUCCUCAAAGCAGUUGGACAAGAAAGGCCUUUCUUUCGCAUUAUUUAGGGAAAUUCAGGGGCAACCGAUUGACGUAGAUAAUCACGGGUUAUGACUAAAAAAUUGAUAUCCAGUUAAAUUAAAACGGUAUGGCCAUUAGUAGAAUGAAAGAAAUCCCUUCCCAAGGAAACCAUAUAACUGGCAUUUACAGCCCGUGUAGGCGAGCAACUGGGGCAGUCAGUAGGUUCUUAAGCUUGGUAGGCUAAAAUAUCAUGAUAAAAUAUAAAGCAUGGCGAAUAUAUCGAAUACUUUGGAUAAAUGUAAUGAUACCAAAUAAUUGCAAGUUUAAGUUUCUAGUACAAAGCAGAAGGAAAACUCUUCGCUUGAUUAGCUUCUCAUCAGUUCUGCGAACCAUCUUCCUCUCAUCGUACAGUGUAAAUCUCCGGUCAUAGCAGAUAACGAAUACAGCAACGGUGAUUAGAAUCGUACACAAAUUAUGAAAUUCAUGUCUUGUUUUGUAACAUUAUUCAAAAGACACUGGUGUAAAAGAUCAUAGAUUAUUUUUUGAUGUGAAAAAUAAACGUUCAACUCUAACUCCUUGUUUAUUCA